GUCUGAUGUGUCUGACAGCAUAUCAGAAAGUUUCCACAAGCUGAGGAAAUACAGGUCCCACAUAAAGAUGGAGGACAUGAUUUAUGAUCCUCGUGCCGGGAAGAGGUAUGGACUAGCACAAAAGUUCAAGCGACUCAGAGUUAUACACCAGCUGCUCUGGUAUCAUGUGUAUGGUUAUGAAGGAACCAUACCAGAAAACCUGCCUGACAGCCUAAAUGCAACAUCUAAGUCAUAUUUGGGUUUUCCACGAGGUCAUGUUGAUGUGAAGUCUUCCAAGAAAGGCAAAGGGAAAGGAAAGGCUUCAAGUAGGACAUCAGCCGGACCUGGAAGUGAGUUUCUAGUCACUUCUUCCCCUGUUGGGCAGGCUGAUAGUCAGGGCUCUGAGAUGUAUGCAGACAGUGACACGACUUCUCCUGAUGGCGGAUACCAGAGUAACAAAGAGUUUUCCCCUCCCAUCUACCUGGAUGAGAUGACAUGGAAGCGCUAUCUGCCUCCCCUUCCCAAACACAGUGGCUACCCUGAAGGAUGGUGUUUGAUAAGCGAUGUCCUUCUGGCACUGCCACUGAAAAUCUUCUGUCAGACUGUGAAUAUUCCGUACAAGAUUAGUGGUCUGAUGGAAAUGCUGGAGGAUCCUGAGAAGCAGUUCUAUCCCAUUAUGGCCAUACCCUUCCGCAUUUCCCAGCAGCUCAUGUAUGCACGGAAGUAUGUGUUUGCUUUCCAUGCCAUUCUCGUCCAACUCUGUCAUAUUGGAUUGUUGUCCUUUGGACAUCAGCAACUGAAAGAAAAGGAUCAGGUGUUUGUGUACCUGCAUAGAAAGGCCACCAUUGUGGACACCAGGACAUCUCUCCCUGGCUAUAUGUUCACUCGCACACCGGACAAAGAUGAGUUUCCAGUGAAGCAUUAUGACUUCAGCAACCUGGAUGAUGUGGAGAAAUACUGGAGUGAGCUGAUGGACAUUUGUUUGUCAACCAGCUUAGGCAGACAUGUUGAUUUUCACAGCACUCACGCAAAUACUGCUGUUCAGCUACCACCAGGGAGAAUUUCUUUGGCGGAUUCUGUGGCUCCCUGCACACCUGAAACUGUGAGAGACACAGGUUUUGUACCUGGAGAUGGACUUGGGGCAGGUGGACUUGACAGUUCUCUUUUCUGCCACCUAUAUCGGAACUGGUCUUAUGGUAAAGUGCAGGUUGAUACUUCAAAGUCCAGGAUGUACUAUAAAAACAGCCGUGAACGCAAGAUGAUAGCUCUGAAAGAAAUCAGACAAGCACAACAAAGGAAGAAUGAAGAGGAACCCUCAGUUGAAAGAAUCUCAGUGCUAGAUUUUACAGAACACUCAGCACAUACCAGAUUACCAAGGCUGUUGUCCAAUCCACGUCUUUCACUUAUAGAUACAGGCAAAGGUAUUGAAGUUGUCAGAAGCACUCAGAUGCAAGGUGCAAAAGGAAACAGAGGUGGCAAAGGCAUUAAGAGAAAGGCGAUAGUGCACACAGAGAAAUCUUCACAUGUCCCUAAGAAACUAAAAACUUCUACAGCAAAAGGUCGAAAGAAGUCUCUUAAAAAACGUUUGAAAACUUUAGAUGAGGCAGAUAAAAGGGCUCGUAGGUUAAUGAAGAAACAACGUGUUGACUGGACGCCAGCAGAAGACAGCAUGCUUCUCCUGAGUAAGGUUGCCAACUUGUUCCUAUCAAACAAAAAAAGUGGUAUCCUGGUUCCAUGGUCUGCUGUGAGAGAUGUCCUCCAUGACUCCUUUGAGGUGUCCAAAGACAAGACCUCAUAUGCCUGCCAGAGAAGAGUUGCCUUCACAAUGAAGAAUCCACAGACAAUCUUAAACGUGCAAACAUUUUUAGCUGAAGCACUACAUGACAAGAGUCUUGUUUCUGAAUUCCGGCGCAGAAACUACAAAUCAACUGACCCUGGUGCACAUGAUGCAUUCAUUGCUCUUCUCAAGCGUUUGAGGGAAAAAUUUAUAUCUGGUCAAUACACAGAGAGAGUGACCCUUCCUCAGACACUGAACGACCUACACCAGCGUUACACUGUGACAACUGUUGGUAACUGGAAAGUCAAAAGAGUGUUUGAGGAGCCCAAGACAAAAGAUGAUAUCUUUAAGUCUGCUCUUAGGGAUAUCAUUCACAGUUACAUGUCCCUGACAGACAAAAAAGGCCGAAGCCAUGAAGUGUAUCAGCUGUUUAAUCAAUAUUCAGAUGAAAUUGUCAGCUAUGUUUUCUCCUGUAUGAGAGAUGAUCGGAUCAUUACAAGACUUAAGAAGGAACUCAAGAUCUCAUCUCUGAAACCUAAUCAGAUAUCAACAGUUCAUGCUCAUCAUUUAUCUCAGAGUUACUUCAACACACUGUUGUGCCGAAUGCCCCAGGAGGUUUUUGAUCAAAGUUGGACUUUGAUCAAAGAACUUUGGAAGAACUACAACUGUCCAGAGGGACCUCUUCCAUUGGAAAUCCAUUGUCAGGAAGGUGGACAUACAGCGGCCAUUGUGAAUCUGUUUGCAACCAAACAGUUGAAGGUUGAAAUAGAAAUCCCUGAGCAGAUCUUGGUGAUAGAUACUGCUGCACUUAAUGAGCAACCAAAUAGACGAGGAAGGGACAGUAUGAAACUGUUGACGAUGCAGAAGGGAAAGGAUCUUGAUGAUGAAGAUGAUGAUGUGAAUAUCUUUAUAAAGAGCACUAAGAUGGACAAGUCAUCAAGAAUGCAAGAGUCUGCUCCAUCAGAGAGUGAAGAUGGAGUAAAUAAUUCAAGUGAUAGGGCUGCAACAACAAUUGCAAAGCCAGAACAGGCCCCCAUUGAGCCUCAAACUCACUUCUCAGAUGGAUCCCCAUGUUUUGUCCACGUUACUCUCCCAAAAGAACCAGUAACUGCUGGUGAUGAAGCACCUGUCCCACCAGAAGUGAAAGUGGGCAGUUUCAAUGUGGAAUCGAAAAUGAGGAAUUACACACUUCCAGUAGGGCUUGCCUCAAGGUCAACCUUGUCAAUGCUGCGAAAUCAGUGCAUUGAUGCAAGCGAAGUUGGCAAGUUGAACCCGCAAGACUUUUUUCUUAUAAAUGCUUGUGACAUUAAAGCCACCUUGUUACCACACAGUUUGGAUGGCCAUGGAGACAGUUGUUUGGAUAUUUUUGUCUCCCCUGAAGUCAUGAACAGGACAUUGCGAGCAUGCUUGAUAAACCAGCCAGUGGCUCUCAAGGAGCAGGAGGAAUGGAACAAGUUGGCAGGUGUAGUCAGUUCACAGGAAUUGAACAGGUCAAAACUCCUAUACGGAUGUAUUGAAGAAGCAGGAUCAUUGGGGAUACAGAAGCGUGACAUUCUGAUGCUUAAUUCUUUUUCAACCUUGGAGUACCCCGAAUUCCAGAAAAUAAUGGAAAACCUGAUGGCACUUCAUUUGGUGUUGCGUGUGGGUGUUGUUAGCCACAGAUAUGUGUCCCACAAGCAUGCAGCUCCAUGGCUCUUACAUGGCCACAAAGACACAAGGGGGAGAUCCAAGCCAACAGUGGAACACAUACCUCUUCCUCAGACUUCAACUCCUGACAGUUUGCAUGCUCCAACCAGCAAGGGAAAUCUACCAGAGCCAGACCAAGGCCCAUCGGGGAAGAUUACAGAUGUUGCCCCUCAAGCAGAUGACUGCCAAGGGGAGGCUACUCAGACAGCAGUAGGCACAGCUACACCAGGAGCUCGUCCAGUUCUUGUAACAGACACAACUGAUGCCCAAAGUCUCCCUAGCCAGAGGGCUUCUUUAAAGAGAAAGCUUGGGGAAUAUGAAGGAAGGGCAUCAUCCUACAAAAGCACCUAUGACAGAGUCGUGUUUGUCCCACGGCCAUGGAGGAAGCCUGAAGGCUGGAUGAACCGAGACCUCUUCCUAGUUUUUAUUAAGGUUGUGGGAUCCUUUGUAAUGCUUAAUCCUGGAACCACCCAAAAGGCUGUUCUUGACAAGUUUAUCCCAAUCCUGCAGCCUGUGUCAACAUUGGAAUUACUUGAGGUGUUAGAAGACAUUGGAGCCAUAACUAAAGUUUACUUGAGAAAGAGUAACAAUGUCAGCUUGUUUUCCAAACCCUCAGUAACCACCUACACAGCUGAUACAGGUCUGUUGGAUGAUGGGACAGUUUUGUAUGAGGGCUCCAUUGACCUUCUCAGCAGAAUUGCCCAGUUCUGCGAGUAUGUUUCCAAACAGCACCAGCUGGAGGGGAGCACUAAAACUGGAGGUGUCAAGUGAUUGCAGGGUUAUUACAUCCCCAGGUGUUAACUAGUAAUCGAAUUAGCAGGCUGUCUAAUUUAGGAUCCAUAUGAUGUAUAACUAGAUAAUAGAGUACCCCAGAGAUACUCCCCCGAGGAUAAUUUUGCUGAACAUGGGUAGAUUGAACAUCUGCCUGAGAGUUCUAAACAGAAAUGGCUGUGUGGGUUAAUUUAUCCACUGCUGAACAGGCUCUUAUAUAUGCCUGUGUUAUGAUUUUCAUAUCUGAUAUUCAUAACUGAGAAGGGCCACAUUUUAUCUCAUAUGGAACUCUUAGAUUAUUAUUUCAUAUGGUUUGUAUAAUUCACAUUGUUGUCUAGAAUCCUUUUAGGUAGUUACAUGUAUAUCUACAUCCUCUGGUCAUCCCAUUUCCAACCUCUACAUAAUAUAGCUAUCUUCCUCCCAUUGUCUGCAGAGGAUCAUGUAAGAUUGACAUUGUAAAGUUAAAAUCUAACUGUACAUGUACUUUACUCUUCAGCUGCUAAACUACCAUCCUGAUAAAAAAAGAAGAUUAGCUGAUAUGAUUAUGGUGUAUGCACAUUUGCUUAUAGAGCUUGGCACAUUUGAUUUUGUCAUCAAGAAGGAUCUUGCUUUUCAUUUUGCUUCAUAAAUUGGAUAAGCAUAACUUCUUCAUCUAUAUUUUGUAAGCAUGCUCUCAGUAAUACUUAAUUUUUUAAUGUCUACCAAUUAUAAAACAAAGAUGUACUGAUGUGUUGUAUAGACUAUAAAGAAUAGUCACGGAUGAAUUCACAUAAAUAUAUUGUUCUUUUAUUGAUAUCUUUUCACAUUUAUUGUGAUAUAAUUUGUAUACUUAUGUUUUAGUAUUUAGAACUGGUCAAGUAAAGUGGAUUUUUUGUAUACCAUGUGCUAGGAGUCCUUGUGUUAAAUUGUAUGGAAAUAUGUUACCA